AUGACAAACGCCGUGAUGCACAACGCUCAAUGCUCCACCUUGCCUUCUCCCACCACCUCCGAAGCCACUAGCAUUAGCAAUUUCUCUCCGCCAACUCCUGCCCUUGAUAAUACUCACAACGUCCUCCCCCAUGGCAUGGCCUCUCCGAACACAAAGGCCUCCGUGGGUGACUCAAUCCUGCGCCAGUACGCCCACCACCUAGGCGCCCUUCACGCUGAUGACGAAACUCAUGCUGUGCACGACGUCAGCGAGCGUGAUACCGCGGCUGUUGACGAGACCAUCUUGAACACCGUCCUCAAUCUCGCCGACAAGCCGCCGAAUCGAACUGACCGAUCCUCCUACCUCGCCCAUCACCCAACUGUACCUGUACCGAAACCUCUCUCGUUACCGAAACCCUUCCUCACACAUCGAAAGAACGCGAAAUCCACAGACAUACCGAGGCAAACAAUCAUGAAGGCGCUGGUCUCACGGAGACCUAGCACGGGUCCCAUAACUGCUCCGCUGGCUGCAAACACUCUCAGGACUGCAGCCCGCGAGGCGGAGGCUGGAGAACAGAACCCUCCUACGUCCUCGCCAUGUCUGACGGCUACUCUGGGUGGGCUGCAGCCGAGUGUGUUCUCGGGUUGUUCGCCUACUUCGACGAGUUUCAUGCGAUCUCCUUGUUUCUUCCACCAGCGUUUUGAGUCAAUCGUGGAUGUCCAAAAGGUGUUGGACGAAAUUGCUGAAGACGACUAUUCACAUUCGAGGUUAAUGCAGACCGCAAUAGGGGUGCGGGAGGUUUCGAAGCAGCUGCAGCGCAAACCAUUGAAGCGCGCUGUGCGGAAUGUGAUGAUCGUGACCAAGGCUCGCGACAACAGCCUGGUUUAUCUGACCCGAGAUCUUGCGGAGUGGCUGCUUUCAACGCCGCGGUAUGGCAGCGAUGUCGGCGUCAACGUCUAUGUUGAUGCCAAGCUCCGGCAUUCGAAGCGAUUUGACGCUGCUGGUCUGGUCAAGAAGGAGCCGAGGUUCGAGCAGAUGUUGAAAUAUUGGACUCCAGACUUGUGCUGGUCUUCGCCGGAGACCUUUGACCUGGUUCUCACUCUGGGUGGUGAUGGGACCGUCCUCUUCACGUCCUGGUUGUUUCAGAGGGUUGUGCCACCCGUGCUGUCUUUCUCGCUGGGUAGCUUGGGGUUCUUGACAAACUUUGAGUUCGACAAGUACAAGGAACAUCUCGACCGCAUUAUGGGCGAUGGUGGGAUGCGGGUAAACCUUAGGAUGCGUUUUACCUGCACCGUCUGGAGAGCUGAUCGGUCGCCCGGGGCUGAAAAGGGUGCUGUUGAAGAAGGCGAGCAGUUCGAGGUUCUGAACGAGCUGGUUAUCGAUCGGGGACCUUCUGCAUAUGUCUCCAACUUGGAGCUCUAUGGAGAUGACGAGCUCUUGACGAUUGUGCAGGCGGAUGGGUGUAUCUUUUCCACGCCGACAGGGUCCACGGCUUACUCCCUAUCGGCGGGAGGGUCUCUGAUACAUCCGUCCAUCCCUGCCAUUCUGCUGACGCCCAUUUGUCCGCAUACCCUCUCUUUCCGUCCGAUGGUUCUCUCAGACACUCUGCUGCUGCGCAUAGCAGUCCCCAACAAAUCUCGUUCUUCGGCAUACUGCUCUUUUGAUGGAAAGGGUCGUGUGGAGCUCAAGCGAGGGGAUUAUGUGACCUUGGAAGCGUCACAAUAUCCCUUCCCAACUGUCAUGACUGGCACCAACGAAUGGGUGGAAAGCGUACAAAGGGCUUUGAGGUGGAAUGUUAGAGGAGCAGUGCAGAAAGCCUGGGACGAUGGUGAUGAAGCGGACUGUGAUCAGGCCGAGGAGAAAUGGGAUAUCGACAUGGACUCCAGUCCUGCUGGUGGCACUGAUAGCGGUAUUGGUCCCAGUGAAGAUGGGGACCAUGUUGCCAGUCCAAUGCGCAGGCAGCUGAGUUUGCUGAACAUGUGA